CCAGUGCCCCGUCCGCCAUGGGGAAGGAGGAGGAGUCCUUCUUCUCUGGCGGCCAUCCUGGUUCCUCCUCCUCCUCGGGUCUGAAGCGGAUUGGCGACCAGGACGAUGGAGACGGCCGCUCACCGCCGCUGUGGCAUCUCUCGCUCGGCUCCAUCUACAGCGGCGGCGGCACGCUCGCUCCGUCCACGACGACGACGUUGCCCCGCGAGGCUCCCCUCGUCGUAGCCCCCGUGGUGCAGCCGCAGCGCUGCUCCGACGAUCUUCCGGUGUUGCCGCUCAUCCCCUUCUUCCCACCGCAUGUCCCUGAUGCCGGUACGGCCGCCGGCUUCAUUGCUGCUCCGACCGGAGUUCAGAUCGGUUCUUCUUCGCAUCCGCCUGCAGGCAAUGGCGCAGGCGCCUCACAGAUUCGCACGAGAUUUAUCGGGACGACUGUCCCAGCUUCUUCUUCCCCGGCGCCGGCGGGCCCUCGCCGCUUCCGUCGCGCAGUCCGGCGCCGCACCUCCAACAACGACACUCCUGCGCCACAACCUCUCCCCGUCAUCCUCAACAGCGGCGACCCGCCAUUGCCGCCGCCGCCCAACAACAACGCCGUCCCCGCGCCGCCGCCGCCAUUCCCAUGGGCAACAUCCCGCUUGGGAAUCCACCGUUCAAUCUCCGAGCUCGCCCAGCUCGGCAUCACGACAAUCGAGGGCGAAGUCCAAUGCCGGCGCUGCGAGGCCCGGAAGACAAUCUCCUACGACAUCGCCACCAAGUUCCUGGAAGUCCGGAGCUUCGUGGCGCGCCACAUCGACGACAUGAACGACCGUGCCCCGGAGGCCUGGCAGAGCCCGGCCAUGGCGGACUGCGGCGGGUGCGGGCAGCGGGGCAGCGUCCGCGCCGUGAUCCCGCCGGAGAAGGAGCGGAUCAACUGGGUGUUCCUCGUGCUGGGGCAGGCGCUGGGGUUCUGCACGCUGGAGCAGCUCAAGCACUUGUGUUCACAUGCCAAGAAGCAUCGCACGGGCGCCAAGGAUCGGGUGCUGUAUCUGGCGUACAUGGAGCUGCUCAACCAGCUUUGCCCUGAUAAGUUGUUCAAUCUCACCGCUGAUCGCCAGAAAAGGACCCAGCAGUUCUGCUGAUGAUAAGUGUCUUGGUUUGAUCGAUUAGGUUUUGCUUCUCAAGUGUCCAUCUUGAGCAAGCAAUGGUGAUGAGUCUCGUUUACCGAUGUUUAAUUUGGUGCUUCAGAAUGUUUGUUGCAUAGUACUACUGCCUCCUGCA